UUCUAUAAAGUGUCGUCUCUGACACUGUCAAUAGGUCGCCGAGUAUUUCCGGCGACUUCCUGGGAUUCGAAAAGUCGUCUAUCCCUUCGAUUCAGGCAAAGUUUGUCCAGAGUAUUCAAAGAGGCUGGAAUUUUAGGGUUCUGUUUGAAAUUGCCGACAGAUUGUCUAUAGGAGCGCCCAACUCUUUUGUAGAAGCGACUGCUUAGAGGCAUUUUCAAUCAGAAGCUAUGAUUGAGGAUUUGAGUUCAAAAGCCGGGAAUUCACGGAACCAGCCCUUGCUGACAAAGGAGCACGUAAGUCGCAAGUUUGGUGAGGUUGCAGGUGGCUGCGCUGCUGAAUGUGCAGCUGUUGUUUGUUGCCCCUGUGCUCUGUUGAAUUUGGCUGCUCUUGCCUUUGUGAAGUUGCCUGCAGGUCUCUGCAGAAAGGCAUGGAGAAAAGUAAAAAGAAAGCGGAGAAAGAAAAGCAAAGCAGUGCAAGGGAAAGAUAUUGCAGAUGAGGACUCUGACAUGCAAGACUCUUCUGGGUCUUCUUCUCAGGAUGAAUUGUUGACUCCACGAUACAGCACAAAUGCUAUGGUCACUGAACAGACUUGUGUCAGUACUGAAAAAGUUUGGGAGGAAGUUGUGGGAAAGAGUUAUGUGGGGUUUUGGAGGAAUCUUUCUAAUAGGGAGCAGACAUCCUGACUCUGGUUUAAAGCAAACAUUCAAGAGAAAACAAAGUUCAAAGCAAACAUUUUAUAAUGAUGAUGAAGAAAACACUUCAUUCAGAAAUUUUUGAUGGUUUGUUGAUUCCUUAUAGGAUGGACUAUUCUUUGAAUGUGGAGGCGGAGGUUUGUGUUAAGACUGCUUCCCUUCUCAUUCGCUGACACCUAAAAGUGUGUAAAAUAGUUUGGUUGAGUUUUGGACAGAGUUAAGAUGUUAUAGUUUGGUAUUCUGGUUUGGAGAGAUAUCGGUGUUUGGAAUUGGUGCCUAUAUAGAGGUAAAUCUUAAGUGAAGGUGUCUUUUUUGUAUUACUAUCAUAUUGAGCAAUCAAUCUGUAUAUUUCUAAAGGAACGCUUUCUGUAAAAUUCUGGAGUCGGACUCGGACUCAUACUCAUAUUUGUUGCAGUUUUCUUCGACAUACUUGAAUGGAUACCACUGUCUCUGUUUUUUCAUAUGCAUCUAUUUGAGUCAUACAGGCAAAAUGGCUUAAAUCCAUGAUCUGUCAGUGGUUUGCAGAAUGUUUGAAUAAAGGUUGAUAUCUGGUGUUUUGUAUGGACAUAGCAUUGAGGUGAAGUUCACGUGGCUUGUAUUGUAUUUUAGUAAUUUUACUACUUUAGCUGUCA